UACCGGUCCAAACUACAGAGCCGACGGGACAGAUACCCCGCUCAGUGUUAGCAAUCCGUCUUCACGUUAUCCAUAAAACCUGCAGGAUGUCCGAAGAAAAGCCAAAGGAAGGCGUGAAGACGGAGAACGACCACAUUAACCUCAAGGUAGCUGGUCAGGAUGGGUCGGUCGUACAAUUUAAAAUCAAGAGACACACUCCGCUCAGCAAACUCAUGAAGGCAUACUGCGAAAGACAGGGAUUGUCAAUCCGUCAGAUAAGGUUUAGGUUUGAUGGACAACCAAUUAAUGAAACAGACACACCUGCACAGCUGGAGAUGGAGGAUGAAGACACUAUUGAUGUAUUUCAACAACAGACAGGAGGAGCCUAUUCUUAAGUGGGAUGUGGACUCAACUCUUGGAAGAGCAUCCACACCAUUUUUUUUUUUUUCAUGUUGUAAUUGUUUAUUGCUGUUUUUACUCAUUUCUUUUCCCCCCCACUAUGCUUGUCUCAAUGUCAGGCUUUUCACAACAUAAAAAGACAGGAGCAUUUUUUCAUUGGGAGCCAAAUCCUAGCGUUGAGAUGCAGGGUCUAUUUUCUUUCUUUAAACACGUUUUAUUCACAUUAAUAGAAAUUGUCCGAGGCAGGGACAAUUCUCAAACUAGAUAUGGCUUAUAAUGGAAAAAACUCAAUGUUCUUUUGAUGUCCUCCUGCAUGUCUCAUUAACAAUAAGCUGAACUACAUGCCAAAUCUUUUUUUUUUUUCUCCAGAUUCUUAUGAGCAUUUAAAUUCAGGAUACAUGCUCAAGUAUUUUAAGAAAUGUAUGUAAUGGGAUUGCUUUGGAGGAACAUUUCUGGAUGGGAGGGAUUAUUCUGUCCAUAAGUGGGAGAUACUUAUUUCUCAUGUAUCUAAUUUUUUUUUUUUUUAGGAAUGUUAAAAAUGAUUUGAUGUAUCCAUGCCCGUUUUACCUUGAGCAUUUGCUAAGAAAAAUGCUUGUUUACCUCAAUACUGUUGCUCUCAAUGCAGAUUUAACUAAAUGGUAAAUAAAGUACAGUAAUGUUGCUGGACCAAAAAAACGCUAAAUGAACAGUGUUCCUUUUUAAAAACAAACAAAAAAAAGAAGGGUUAGGUUAAUAUAUGUAAUUUAGAUAAGAGGCUACUACGGUUAACAGUGGUCUUUAUCAUUACACUAAAGGACAACUGUUAUUUUAGCAUGUUAAUUCAGUAGUUUCCCACUUUUUUUAAAGAUAUAAACAAAUGACCUUUUACCAGUCUAGAUACUGAUUGUCGCAUCUAAAGUUAUAUCUCAGUCAGCGUGUAGAUACGCAAACCAUACUGAGUUGCCAAUUUAAAUAUGUUUGUCCAAAAUCCAUCCAAACAUUCUCAACACCUGCUUAAUUGUUUUGACUCUUGUGUUUUGGUAGCAAUCAUGUUUUUAUAAGAAUAUUCACCUUCAUUUUAAAAGUUGACAUUUGUUAGGUUUUUGAGGGUGACAUUGUCAUAUUCCACAACUUUUUGAUUUGUACAUUUGGUGUCCCUAUAAUGUAUACAAUAAAUAUAGUUUGAU